AUGGCGGGCCAGGGUUCCUCCUACAUCGCCAUGCACGGUCCCAGCAUCCCGUCACACGAGGCUAGGAUCCCCUUCACUCCUCCAUUCGCCCACAUGGAAGGAUAUCUCGGCCUCAGGACAAUUCGACAAGGCAGAGACGGGAUCUACUACUGGGUCUUUGGCUUCUCGACUGCUGCUGGUGCAUCCUCUGCCCUUCACCACCAUCCUCAUCUCUACAUUGCGGGUCGUCAGUACGAUCUUUUCUCUUACGAGGGUGUGGUUACCGCAUUCGAACCUCGACCACCUCAACCACCUCAACCGUCAGACAUCUCUCCUCCACGGAAGCGUCUCAAGAAAUCCUCGCCCGCCAGUAAGGUCGCCUGCAAAAUCUGCUUCGAUGAUAUUGAGGGAGCUUAUUCCACACCUUGCCGACAAUGCGCAGAACCUGUUUGUUACGAGUGCCUAAAGUCCCUGUUCAAAACAGCCAUGAGAAAUAUCGACAGGAUGCCCGUCAUGUGUUGCGCCACCGUCAUGCAUCACGACGUCACCCGCGGGAUCCUGCCAGCGGCAGAAGUCGAAAAGUACAAGCAAAAGUACGACGAGUCUAGCACCAUUAAUCCUCUUUACUGCCCUGUGCCAACGUGCUCGGCGUUCCUUCCCCCUCGAACGUUCAAGCCAACCGACAAGAGGGUCACAUGUCACGUUUGCGCGACUGCCAUCUGCAUAGAGUGCCGGCAGCACGCCGAAGACAAACACGUUUGCACCAACGAUGACUCGAGACGGUUUAUUUUGCAAGCGUACGAAUACAAAACCUGCCCCAAGUGUGGAACGGGUGUCAUGAAAAUACAGGAAGGUGAGGAGUCAGACGGAGGAGAAUUUGAGUCUGAGUCUGAUGAGGAAGAGGAUGGAAACAUUGCCUCCGCGCCCGGUGCAGCGUCAACUGAGGUACCCGAUCGCACGCUAGUGCAGGCUCCACAGGACCAGAUCCUUCUCGACAGCACCAUCGACACGCCCGAGCAGAAUCACGAUACAACGCCAACAGCCCAGGUUGCACCCAUUGAAUCAGCUGAGGUUGAGAUCGUCCAAGCCAGCGAGAAUGAGACGCAGACGCAGGCUCCAGAGGCAGCCGAACUUUCAAGCGAUCCAACUGAACCUGAGGAGCCCGCAAAUGGACAGCUUGAGAAUCUGGAUGAUCCGGAUGACAUCGACUGGGAAGGAGUAAGCAUGGACUUUGGAGAUGAACCAACCGAUGAGACCUGGGAUACGUGGGGAUGUCGACACCUGUUCAGUGAGUUUUCAAAGGCCCGAGUCCCGGAAUUCUGGCUGGCCGCUAUGAAUCCUGCAGAGGAGCGAGACUUGGAAGUGGAAUGCAUGGGUUGUUUCAACAAGGUUAAAGUUGCAGACGGUGAGCUCAAGAAGACAGGAUCGAGGGAAAAGUUGCGCCAUGGGACGUCGCCUCAUGUGAGGGGACCAUCAAUGAGUAAUGCCGGAGGAGCGGCUGCUCGUCGAAAUGCCAGCAAACCGCAAGCUUCGUUCGAGUGUCGUUCUUGUGGAGUCAUCUACUGCGGACCAUGCAAGAAGGCGGCGCGACGGAGGAUCUCACGUGAACGCGUGCCUCCUGAUUUUGACCCCAUCGUGUGA